GCUUUAAACUGGCCAAAGGAAAACAAUGAAUUUUUUUCUCGCUCCCUCUUUCUUUUACUUUACAUUCAUUACUUUUUCCACUAUUAAUUAUUUAUAUUACACGCCUUUUUUUGAGUACACUUUUUUUUAGCCUUCGUAUUAUUAUCCUAUUGACUUUCAUCUCUCUGGUUUUUUUCUAAUAGAGAGAAGGCCCUGAUAUUCACACACAUAUACAUCCCCGUUGCAUUAUAUGAAACCUAUUUUAGCAAAAGUGACAGUGUACUGGUUGCUGGCAACUAGCGCACUGCUUGCCACGACCACACCCGCAGCUGCCGAGCCCCGGGUGCCGCGCAUUCACAAGCGCGUAGUAGAGGUCAGCAGCACAGAAAUACUCCCACCCAGUACGCCGGCCACACCAAUCCCAAAUGUGGCGCUGAUGCGCCACCCACGCCAGCUCCUCUCCAAUAUCCUCGAUAUACUUAACCCGGGAAACAUUGGCAAGGACAGCAGCGACUCAGAGUCAAAUGCAGCGGCAGAUGGUGAAGAAUCCACACAGGUGACAGACGAUGAAACCACGCCGACUCAGGAGCCGUCGUCGACCACGCCAACGACCAGGUCUACGAGCAGAAAUACGUCCUCGUCAAGGUCUAUGUCCGAUACCGAGACAACCCCAACUAGUGAUACGGGUGAUGACGGCGAUGUGGUGACAGUUACGAGCUCGACGACGCAGACCAGGGCGUCGUCAAGCACAAGCAAAUCGGAAUCCUCGACAAAGUCGUCGGACGACAACGACGAGUCAACUGACGACGAGCCCACAGACACAAAUGACGAUGAGUCCACGCCCACACCCACUGACUCGUCAUCAUCAGCCACACGUUCGUCUUCUAUUUCUUCUACAAAAACCAGCCUGGUUUUGGUGACGGUCACUAGACCCGGAACCACCAUCACUGCGAUGGUGUCGGCCUCCCCGACCAUCGACCAGGCCAAUGGAGAGAAGGCCGAUGUCGGAGCAGUCGAGAAUCUCACCACGGUCAUUGUUGCGCCCACAGUCGCCGCCGUUGCUCUGCUGCUCUUGGCCAUUUUGUUCUUCCUGCACAAGAAGCGCAAGAACCGAAUCAGGUAUGAUGGCGAGGAUGCGUUUGCCAGUGGUCCCACCAAGCCGUAUACCCCGCCGACUAAGCCGUACGCCCCGCCGAACCAGGUUAACUCGGUGUUUAACCCUACAGGCCACAGCAACGACGGGUACGUCAAGGAAGAGAAUGACCUGUUCACAUCUAACGAGAGGCGGAUGGGUGACCAUUACUCGCCUCCACAGCCGGCUAAUGACAAUACGCAGCUGCUGCCUAACUCUCAGUACCAGCAGCAGCAAGCUCCCUUUGCUCAGCACGCCACUGGAGACUAUAUGCAGGCACCCGGAGCUGCGCCUGUGGCUGGAGGAGGGUUGUAUGGCGUUCCUCUGCAGCAGCAGCCGUCUCACCAGUCGGUUCGUCAGCCCCCACAGCCGAUUAUGAACUGGCAGCAACAGCCUCCUCGGCCUCAACAGGGUGCGCCGUACAAUAAUAACAACAAUGGGUAUUGGGCCUGAGCUAGGACGUCGGUAUCCUUUUGUCUAUUUUUAGCACUUCGGAAUUAGUGGUGGCCAUGCACUUCAAAGUAGCAUAUUGUUUGGCUUGACUUCGCAAAACGUCGCACGACAAAAUUUUUUUCGCAAAUAUUUGCGUGUAUAUUUUCUCAUAUUUCCGUUAUUCAUUUUCUCGUCGCAGUAAAUAUCUAAAUGACAACAAUUUUUACGACUGCACUCGCGAUUCGUUGAGGGGAUAAAGCAUGUCCGUGUUAAUUUAUAAAUA